AUGUUCAGAUCGCAUCUCUAUCGCCUUCACUCCUUCGCUCGCCUAGAGCCCCUUAACCCCGACGCUGCUUGUUUUGCGCCGGACUGCUCGACCGAGUACAAGGGCAGCGUCUUCCUACACGACCAUCUUGAUGGCUGGUACAUCGGCCGCGGCCUACCCGGCAUCCCGUGCGAUGUCCCCAUUCUCGACGAGAAGGUUGCCACAAGCUCCAUCCAUGCCGUUAUCUAUCGCAUCAAGCGACAGAAUGGAGACUGGAAGGUGUACUUGAAGGCCCUCUCUAGGACCUCCACGACCUGGGUCAACUCUCGGGAUGUAGCUGAGGGUGAGGUCGUGGAGCUUCAUGACUCCGCUGAGAUAUGGUUGGGCUAUAUUGACGGACAGACUUCCUCCGGUAUCCGGUAUCUCGAUCUGUAUUCCCGGCGGUCUUUCUUGCGUGACAACGUUUUCGAGAUGACUCUUGGUUCGGGAGCAUUUGGCGAGGUCCAUAAAGUACACAGUCGGUCAGCCCCACACCUGAAGUCUGCCGUCAAGGUCUUGGAUUUUGGACGACGCGGCGGCGUUUCGGAGUGGGAUGCGAAGGUGGAAAUUGCGAUCGUCAAGGAUCUUCUAAACCACAAUCAUCAGCAUAUUGUGCCUCUAUUUUCGAUACACGAUGAUGAAGACCAUGCGGAAAUGUACAUGUACACGAUGGAGUUUCUUCCCUACGGUGAUUUACAUCACGUUCUGGAGAGCCGCCCCCAGUUCCUAAACCUUGACGAGAUAUUUGUCGUUAUGCUUCAACUUCUCUCUGCGCUGUCCUGCUUGCACAAUAUGGGCAUUGUACACCGUGACGUGAAACUUCUCAAUAUUCUCGUCAAGUCAAGUUCACCGUGGUGGAUACUUCUUGCGGACUUUGGUACUGCCAAGCGAAUCUCAGCGACGUACUGUGGCAGUGAGGUCACGAAGUCUACGGUGGGCACCAGGCACUAUGUCGCGCCUGAGGUUACACUGGAUCCUCAGGGAUAUGGUUCUUCUGCAGACGUGUAUUCCUCCGGCGUCGCCAUGUUUCUCAUGCUACAAGGGGAACUUGAUCUCUCCCCCUAUCGGUUUUCAAACCCGCCGGUGACCUUCCGCGAUCACGUCAAAUACCGCUCUAUCGCUUGGGAUCGUCUCCAGCAUCGCGAUCUGGACACCACAGUGAAUGGUCGGAAAGCUUUGAAGCUUGUGCGGGGCCUGUUAGAGACGAAUCCCCGCGACCGCUUCAAGAUUUCGAAAGCUAUAUCUCAGCUGCGGGGCACCCCGAUUGUCGAAUCUCGCGAUCUCGCGGGAAACAAGACCCAACCGGGUAUAUCCCCUUCGCUGCGACGGCUCUGUGAAGCAAUGGGGGCUGCCAUGCAGGACGCUGCCGCCAUGGAUCUUACAUCCGACCAGGAUCUCUGCGAGGUCGUCAAUGUGGGAAACGGUCGUGCUGUCCCCGUUACCGCUCUUCCUCCAGUGCAGGUCCGGCCCCAACCGCGCCCGCGCAACGUCAAGCGUAUAGCCUGUGCGACUGCGCUCCCAGCCUCACACUGCCCGGAGCCUUCUGUUGUCGGAGACGCCAAGCAAGCUGUUGUCGGAGACGCCAAGCAAGCUGUUGAGCGAGGUGAUGCGGCCGGCCGGCCUAGCGUGGCUACACCGCUCAGGCGGUCACCGCGUCAGCCAAAGACGAAGCGUGCCCCGCUCGGAUGA